GUCCCUGUGCAACCUGUUCACCUUGUUCUCCCAUCAUGGAGACGUACCGCGCUGCGCUUGUCAAUAGCAAGGGGAAUAGGACUGUCAUAUUUGUCGGCCUGGUUACCGCUGCUAUUAUGCUCGUUUUAUGGGGAUUGCUUGAGCCGGCUAGUCCACCAACGAUUCGCAAGGCAGUUGUCGUGCUCUCUGGACCAGAAUCGAAGGCUUUUGGCACAGUGGCCUUCGAACAAGUUUCCAGUACCGGGGCGGUUACUGUGACUGGAGACCUCCAAAACCUCGAUCCUUCAGCCAGACGCGGUUUCCACAUACACCAACUAGGCGAUACAACUAAUGGUUGCUUGUCGGCUGGCCCCCAUUUCAACCCAUAUAAUAAGAACCAUGGCGCCCCUUCUGACUCAGAGAGACACGUAGGCGAUCUCGGAAACAUCGAAAGCGACAGGUUUGGUAUUGCCAAGUUCACGAUCCAGGAUAGCAUGAUUACUUUGAACGGACCUUUAAGCAUUGUUGGUCGCACUGUGGUCUUACAUACGGGCGUUGAUGACCUUGGAAAAGGUAAUAACGCCGAGUCUCGAAAGACAGGAAACGCCGGCGCACGAUCAGCGUGUGGCAUCAUUGGUACAAUAUAUUUCUUUUAUCUACUCCAUUUCUUGUGCUCAAAUUCUCCGGAUAGGGAUUGCUGA